GUACUUUAGUGACCAGCUAGCCGCCGACCGUUCCUGCAGCGCAUAUCGUCGGCUUGUCCGCGGGGUGGAUUGGCGUGGAUUUUCUCGCAAAUUCUCGCCUCAUGCCGAAGAUGCAUGGCGAGAUAAUGUGCGUGGUCUGACGCAAACUUUAAAUUCUCUCCUUUUCGACUUCUUUUCUAGAUAGACUUUACUUCAUUUUUGACUCUUAAAGUUACGGGCUCACUAUCCCAAACUUCUUCAGAAUAAGUAAUACUUAAUUUCACCAUCAAUUCAUCCCAACUCUGCGCCCGCCAUGGCCAAGACAAACGGUACCAUACCGCACAACCCACCGCAUGCUGCGACAGCCUUAUCAGCGACCGAAUUAAUCGGUAACACGCCUCUUGUCCGUCUCAACAAGAUUCCGCAAUCUUUGGAUAUAGAAUGCGAAGUCUACGCCAAAGUCGAACUUUUCAAUGCCGGCGGUUCCGUAAAAGACCGCAUUGCCUUGCGGAUGAUCGAAGAGGCUGAGCGCAGCGGACGUAUCAAGCCCGGCGAUACCCUGAUCGAACCGACAAGCGGAAACACGGGUAUCGGUUUAGCUCUGGUUGGUGCGAUUAAGGGCUACAAUACAAUUAUUACCCUACCUGAGAAGAUGUCCGCGGAGAAGGUCUCGGUUUUGAAGGCUUUGGGUGCUACGAUUAUUCGUACCCCCACGCAGGCGGCAUGGGAUAGCCCCGAGAGCCAUAUCGGUGUGGCUAGGAGGCUGGUCAAGGAGAUUCCCAACGCACACAUCCUUGAUCAAUAUUCCAAUGAGAAUAACCCACUCGCCCAUGAAUUCGGCACGGCUGAGGAAAUUUGGGAACAGACUGGCGGCAAGAUUACUUGUGUGGUAGCGGGUGCUGGAACGGGCGGUACGAUUACGGGCUUGGCUAAGGGGUUGAAGAAGCACAACAAAGAUAUCAAGGUCGUAGCUGCCGAUCCGCAAGGAAGUAUCCUAGCCUUACCCGAGUCGCUCAAUGACGAACACCGUGAUGAGCCGUACAAGGUAGAAGGAAUUGGUUACGAUUUCAUUCCCGACGUCCUAGAUCGAGAAAAGGUUGACAAGUGGUAUAAGACGGAUGACAAGGAUUCCUUUAAGCUUGCGCGACGUCUAAUUGCCGAGGAAGGUCUGCUUGUUGGUGGCAGUUCAGGGAGUGCUUUGAGCGCCGCGCUGAAGGCUGUAAAGGACUUGGGAUUGGGCAAGGAUGACGUCGUUGUGGUCAUUCUACCGGACAGCAUUCGAAGUUAUUUGACCAAAUUUGCCGAUGAUGAUUGGUUGGCUGCGAACGACCUAUUACCACCUACCGACGCAGCGGCAAAAGCAGCAAUUAAUGGUGAUGCCGCGAAGACAUCUGCUGAUCCUUAUGCUGGAGCAACCAUCCAGUCGCUGAGACUUAAGCCGGUUAUCUCUGUCAUUGCUACAAGUCCCUGCUCCGAAGCAAUUGAGACUAUGCGAGACAAGGGCUUCGACCAACUUCCUGUUCUUUCCAGCGCUGGGGGUAAACUUGUGGGUCUCGUCACUCUCGGCAAUCUCUUGAGUUAUCUGUCGCGCGGACGGGCCAGUGGACAAAGUCCGGUUAAAGAUGUCAUGUUCAACUUCAGCAAAUUAGACGAAGUGGUCACGGAUCCUCGUGAAGGAAAGGGAAGCAAGAACCGCAAGUUCGUUGAGAUCACUUUGGACACACCUAUCACGGAACUCAGCAAGUUCUUUGAGUGGAACAGUGCUGCUGUCGUCACCGAGCCUAGUCAAGGAAAGGACAAAGCGCUUAGCAAACCCAUUGCUAUUGUCACCAAGGUCGACUUGUUGACUUGGAUGGUAAAGCAAGUUCAGACCUGAAGUGUGGUUCGUCUUGGCCCUAUACAAUAUUUCCCACUUUGGAUUUCGAAGGAAAGUCAGCGGCAUGGCGUUAUGGUAGAAUUAAACAUGGUUCUUAUUACGGAGGAUUAAUUCAUUGGUUUAGACGCAAUCAAAUUGCAUUAUGCAUGGUAGACUCAACGUCUUCGAUGAUUCAUAGAGGGAAUUGGUUGUACAUGGAUUUUCCAUAGAUCGCUUAUCUAGGUUGAAUUAUGAUAAUGGCAUAUCUGCCUAGGUACUAAUGUUUCUUGGGUCGCGUCGAUAGGGAUUAUGU